UGACCCGGCGGAUGACGUCAGCUUGUAAAAUUUAAUUAUAUUCCCUCCCGGUGCCACUUGCGCGCUGGGCGUUCAAAAUAUUGACGUCCGAUUUAAGUAUCGUCAAAAUUCGGACUUUUGCGCGCAAAACGUCGAGUUUGCAAACUUCCUUUGCAUCCACCGACAAGUGGUUAGAGCGUAAACAUGGCCGCUACCGGAACAGAACCGCGGUUCACCCUGGAGCAGCUGGACCUGCUGAUGCGGCUGCGAUCCAUCCUCCAGAGACUCCAGCAGACCGGCCUAUCACAGGACAGCAUCUUCCAGGCGCUGGGCACCAUGCAGCGCAUCGAGACCGUCAACACGGGCAUGUACGGCAUGUCGCCUCAGGUCAACCACGUGACGAUCCAGCCGCAGCUCACGGCAGCGAACCCGCCACAGUUCAUCCAGGCAGCUCCGAACAGCCUCUUCCCUGCAACAUCCAUCGUAACGGUCCCCCAGGGGGUGGUGGUGGCUAACGGAACGGCGCCGCCUCCUCCACCUGCUGCUGUGGUGAAGGUGGAUUCAGGGGGAGGGGCGGCGGCUACUGGAAUGCUGCAGGCCAAGGAUAUCCUGAACACUGACACCUCAGCUGAGCCAAUCACAGAGGAGGCCCUGGAGAAACAGGUGGAGGAAUUGCUCAGCAAAAACAUCAUGGAUGUGAAAGAGGAAAUCAACAAGUUUCUCCACGUCAAGGGCAUUCCCCAAGGUCGGCUGGCGCAGGCCACAGGCAUCAGCAGCAGCUACGUGUCGCUGUUCCUCAAGCAGGGGCUGGACAUGACAGCCAUGAAGAAACGGGCCAUCUACACCUGGUUCUUAAGGCAGAAGCACAGGAAACCAGGCAGAAGCACAGGAAACCAGGUAAGGAGCCAUGAUCUACACCUGGUUCUUAAGGCAGAAGCACAGGAAACCAGCACCAGGGACAGGGCAAGUGAGAAGUCGCACUUGGUCCCCUCAGGCCCCCUUCCGAACGCCGGCGGCUGGAAGUGGCAGAAGAAGCGUUCCCUUGACGAUCCAGACUACGACCCCGCCCACAGCCCCGGCAACCAGCGCCGCGGCUCCAAGUUCCACUGGCCUCCAUCGGCCGUCAUGAUCGUGGAGAAGUACUUCCAGCAGAACCCGUACCCCACCGAGGGCGAGAGGGAUGAGAUCGCAAACGCCUGUAACAGUGUGCUACAGAAGCCAGGUGAAGACUUACCCUCCUACAAGCUGGUGAGUCCAGUCCGAGUCCAGACAUGGUUCAUCAACAGGAGGAGAGAGGCCAAGAUUAAACAACAACAGGAACAAUACGCAGCUGAUAACGGCACCCGCCAGUCCCCGCGGUUGGAAGGAAAGGCGAUGAGUUUUCAGGAGGAGAGUGACAUGGACAGCGAGUCAGCAGAGUCUCCGUCCACAGGAGCAGCUCUCAACACCGGAGAACAGAACCAGCUCACUGGCAACAGACAGAAUACUGAGGACAUGGACCCCGCCCGGCUGGAGGCAGAACUGGCAGCUGUCAACCGAUCCAUCAUGGUGCUCGUCAAUCAACAUGAAGAUGAAGAGACUGAGGAGAAAAAAUUCAAAUGGGAGGUCUCUUAA